CGUUGACAUUUUAUGGCGAACGUUUGCGUUUGUGUGGCGGCUGGUUUGUGUUUGUUCAUAAUUUGUUGGCUUUCCGCAACUGGUAUCUGACAGACGACUCGUUUGUUGAAUCAUUCAUUGGCAUGCGGCCAUUAUUUUCAUUCAUGUUAUCGCGCCAGACGCGGUAGCGGGCCGGUUGGAUGUGUGCCGCGACCGAGCUAGGAAGGUAGAAAAGUUGGUGUGUCCGUUUUCGAGUCGCUCGCUGGACUCACUGGUGAAAGUUGCCUUAAAGGCUGCGUGCCAAAUCGCCAAGAAAAUGUAUACGACUGUGCUGAUUUACUGAAUUAAUUAUUCACCUAGAAUACCAUGAAUUUAACUGUGCCUCUGCGGGAUAUUAAGUGAAUCUAGUGAUUUAGUUGAGUAAAAAGUUUUUAUCAUUGUUAAGAAGUGGAAAUGGCAUUGAAAAUGGAACAGAAAAACGAUCUUGAUUUUAUACUGAAGAAUCUGCUGGCUGGAGGUGUAGCUGGCAUGUGCGCUAAGACUACGGUAGCCCCGCUAGACCGCAUCAAGAUCCUCCUGCAAGCACAGUCGUCGCACUACAAACACCACGGAGUGUUUGGAGGCCUGUCUGCUAUCGUCCGGAACGAGUCCCUCCUUGCUUUGUACAAGGGAAACGGUGCACAAAUGGUCCGGAUAUUCCCAUAUGCAGCCACACAGUUUACAAGCUUCGAAAUUUAUAAAAAG